GAAAGUAGAAGCAGUGACAUGAGUUUACCUCGAUUUCACCGCUGGGAUUGUAAAACCAGAAUGGACGGACGUGUGAUUCAUUUGUGGCUUGUGGGGUUUUUGUCAUCUUCUUGUGGAGCUUCUUCCGUUUCAGAUAGUCUGGUGGUUUCGGUCGGGCCUCCUGUCUCGGUGCACCGCAGCCUCACAACCACACUACCGUGCUGGAUCAAUCCACCGCAAAGUGCCGAGGAUCUGGAGGUACGCUGGUUUCGUGACAGCGACUUUGACAACCCCAUCAUGCUUUAUAAGGAGAAAAAGGUCAGUGUAACCCAGGCGUCGUACGCUGGCCGAGUCUCAUUUGGCCCAAAGGAGACAAAAUCUGACGGGUUGAAGUCGGGUGAUGUAAGCCUGAAGCUGGAAAAUGCUGUGAUUGAAGACGCAGGAGAUUACACCUGUUAUGUCAGCAGCUACAAGGGUUAUGACAGCGCAACUAUUGCUCUCCUUGUAACAGAAAUUGGAGCCCCUCCUCUGUUGUCGACUGUGUGGACAGAAGAUAACAGGGUGAAGGUGAGCUGUGAAUCUGAAGGAUGGUAUCCGAAACCAAAGCUGCGUUGGUCGGACCAGACGAAAGAUCUGACCCCUGGAACUGUGCUCUACGGCAACGAUUCUUCUGGUCUUGUCUCGGUCUCCAGUUGGGUGCUUGUCAAAAGCUCCUCAGAGGUCUCCUGCUCUAUCAAUGUUCCCAACAACGCAGCAAAGGAGGCUAGAAUGCACGUGGAAGGUCCUUCUGCUCAGAAGGAGUCUGGAUCCGCUGGAACGGCUGGAUGGGUGGCCUUCGCUUUGCUCCUCGUAUGCGUGGUAUUAGCUGGACUUGCUGCUGUGUACAUCAGAAUGAAAGGGAAGAAAACCAAAUCAGGCACAGGCCAUGGUGACGAGGAUGACCCCCUUUUGUCAAAAGAAAUUCCUGUUCUAUCAGAACUUCGGGAACAAUAUUAUGUAAAUAUUAAGCUUGAGGACACAAACAACAAAUUCCUCACGUUGGCAAAAAAUAAACUGCGAGAUGCCAAUUGUGCUAGCUUUCCUGAUGGCGAAAGUGUGACCUGUCUCACUGCUGUCAAAGGAACACCUGGGUUCUCCAGUGGACGACACUACUGGGAGGUUUCUUUGGGUAAUCCAGACCUUGGCCUGAAACGGUCCUGGUGGGUCGGAGUUACAAGUGCACCUGAAAUUUCUCAGAAAUUCGACCUUCCAAACACUAACGGCUUCUGGUUCCUGUUUUCUUCCCCCGACAGAGCAGACAGACUUCAGUUUAGCACUGAACCAAAGGUUUUAAUUGGUUGUCCAAGACCGCAGACAGUUGGUGUGUUUUUGGAUUAUGAUGAUGGAGAGCUCUCCUUUUAUAAUGUAGAGGAUGCAACUCUAAUUGGAUCUUUAAAAGCCACAUUUAGAGGUGAAGUAUUUCCACUUUUCAAUCCUGGGAAAGGUGAUAAAUCGCCUAUGGAGAUUUUACACAAGGUAGAAGAGAAAAAGUCUGAUGAUGAGAGGAAUUGUGUAGUUUCAGUUGAACAAGAGACCUAACCAGAAUUCAGGAAAUACUGUAUGUUGUUGCAGCAUAUCAUAUUUGUUCAGGCUUUUCUUAUUUGCUAUUUGAGACCCAAAACCAAGUUCUAUAAAAUAUUAUGGCUGAACUUUGAGAAUUUCUGAAUGGUCUGACCUGGGAAUUUUUCUAAUUUCACCCCUUUACCUGUGAAACCAUUUUGAGGGUUGAAUAUCACCUAAAAUGUAGCUCUUUGAACCAUGACAUUGGUGAGGACAAUUAAAUUUCAGUUCAAUUUUAUUUACAAUUCAGAUUGUUUCAAGACCCUUUACAGAACCCAUAAGCCUGCAUACAGCCUUUGACCAAAUUGAAGCCCUCAUCAGUGGAUCAGUAGAAUUUGAUGUGUGGCAGGUAUACCAAGACAAGGUUCAAGGUUUUUUUUGUUGCUAUUUUUACAUGCCAAAAUAGUGUUGUGGACUUAUUGGUAGGGCCUCAAAAACUGGUGUAUAUGAUGUUCUAUAUGUGGAAAAUUGCAAGCUGCUCCAAAAUAUCAAAAAACUAGAACCUUGUGUUGCCACACAACAAAUUCUACUGAUGUUGGAGGCCUCAAAAGUUGAUGAAAUGUUGGUUCAAGAUUGUAUUUUUGGUUGGAAUUUUGUACACAUCCAUCUAUAUACAUUUGCAGGAACUUUCUGCAGCCCAGUUACCACUGGUGUUUUUGCACUAUUCUCCAUUGUCAAGCACCAGUAUAUAAAUAUUUGACCUCUGCUGGAACUGUUCAAUCAUUUGGAUCUGCUAGAAAACAUUAGUCUGUGUCCUCAGAUGUCAGGGCUGUGGUAGGUCUAUUACUGGAGAUACUGGAUCUUUAUAAUGGCUUUGCAGGUAAGACAUUUCUUGAGAGUGGAAAUACAAAGAAUUCCCAGGUCUCACAAAAAGUAAACAGAAGUCUCAGGCAAAGUGCUUCACAGAACUUAGCUGUGAGUCCCAAAUAACAAACGAGAAAACCACUGAGAGCGCAGUACUCCAACGAGGCUGCUUAGUCGUAUCAUUUCCAACAGCUAAAAUCUUGAAAAAAAAAUUUCUUGCAGAAAUCAUGGCCAUAUAGAUUAUGGCCAUUUAAUACGAUGUACCCACAAACAAAAUGACCUUGCGCUGAGCACAGGCAUGUGUUAUGCAUGUGUACAUUAUGUACGGAUACCAAAUCAUGUGACCUAAAUAUGUAGCGGGCGGUGGGAAUUGAUGGUACUCAGAAACGCCCCCACAAUUUAAUCAAUUGUUCCUUGUAUCAUUUCCCGAUAAGUCCGCAGCGGUCGAUUUGUAGUAGGAUCGCAAGCAUGUGAAUUUCAACAGGCAGCUGACGUAACGUUCCCUUGUCGUAGUUACAGUGAUGCCUUGCCGCUAUCUGGGAAGGAUACAGAAAUAUUCAACAAAUUUGUGGAUCCAGAGUAUAAGCUGCAUCACUUCCAACAUCUAAUUACUUGGUGCUUGUGUCAUUUCUAAGCUUCCCUGAAAAUUUGAUCCAAAUCCAAUUUUGAGUAAUGCUGCUAAGAGACAGACAAACGUAUGCCGAUCAUCGCAUAACUCUGGCCGUUUCUUGGCGGAGUAAUAAGGAAACGCUGAAAAAAAAAAAAAUCUGACAUGGUGGAGCAACACCGUUAUCUGAACUGACACCAACUGACUCUACACCUAUUUAAAGGAGCUGGUUGAAUACUUUUUAAUACUUCAGCAUUAUCCUGUGCUGAAGAGAAAUCAGGAAAGUGAGUAUUCUGAACUUAUUGAUAUUUCUGUAGACAUUUUUCAGCGGCAAACUGUACAGACUUAAGUAAUGAAGGAUGUUUUCUAAAGGGAUUGUAUGAGUGGCAUACUUAUCAGCAGCUUUAUUACCCGAGGUACAAUGGGAACAAAAAAAGGCAUUUGACUGACAAAAAGUGAAAAAGUCUAAAAUGACUUCAAAAUGAAUGUGACACGUUUGAAAUAGCUGAACAAGACGUCACCGAUGGAGAAUGAAGGAUUUUGUAGUAAAGAAUCAAAAGGGAUUCAGCUUAACUGCAAAAGAACUCAUUAACCUCAAGUACCAUAAUAUUCUAGACCUGAGCUCCUUCAGGUGUCCAGGAGUAUAAGAUAUAAAGUGGUCAGAAGAAGGCCGAACCACGACCACAACUAAGAUUCACAACUUUAAGAGCCAAAACACAUAUGAAAAUAAACUUUUACAAGCUUUAUGGACAGAAUGACACUCCAUCACAUGUAUCUAAUUAAUCUACUGCUUGGCUCAAAGGCCUCAAAGAUGACUGAAUAAUGAUGCUGGCAGUAAUGGAAGAUGAUAUAUCUCUAAGCAGCAUUGUAUGAGACUCUUUUUACUGCGUCAGUAAAAGUAAAGAUACCAAGAAACUGACACACCACAGAUGCCAGUUAUUGAACAGGAGAUUGGCUCUAAUGGUGUGACAUUUACAAUACAUUUUAUAAUAAAAAUGGGAGGGACAAAACUUACUUUCCCUUCGUGAAACAUUGAAAUUUGAGGCACAGUUAAAUUUUCAAUGAUCUGAAAGCAUAGUAUUUGUUAAUUCUGAUGUAAUUGUUUCAUAAUUGUGAAUACUAUCUACAAACUAGCUACCAAGCCAAGACCUGGCCUUUUUUUACUUUUAAAUUAUCGUAAAUAUUUGUGUGUAAUGUGUAUAUGUAAUUCAUGUUAAAAAUCAAAGUCGUAUUAGCUCAAGUGACACACCGGACUGACAAAAUUAUUCGUUUUAUCCGUUUAGCAGCAUGUGGCAUUUUUAAGUAAAUAUAGGUAGUAUUUUGUUAAAUACAGUAUGCUUAUUCACUUUGAUGCUUCCUGUGUGGUAAAUAUGUAACUGCAGCCAGCAACCUGUGAGCUUAGCACAAAAACGGGAAGCAGGGGAAAACAACUGACAUUGGUCUGGAUGAAUUUUAAGCUGCCUAACAGAUGUUUCAACACUUUUUGUGGGAUUUAACAAGCAACCUACAUACACUACCUGGAGACCUGAAACCUACCCGUUUGAUCUUUUUUACUGUCUUUAAGCUAAGCUAACCAGCUGCUGGCUGUAGCGACCAACAGGUAACUUUUCCAAAUCCAUUGCUUUAAGUGUUUCUUAGUUGGUAAUCUUGAGGUAAAAUGCAAACCAUGAGUGAUGUCCUGAUCAAGUAUCAAUCUGAUACCAUUUUUCUAGACAAUACACACUUCAAUCCAGUGUAGAUGUUUGACAACUGAAUGGCAUCCAUGCUGUCCCUUAAUGUUGUGUAGGUAGUCAGGAACUGUGGCUCCACAAGCUCAAACAUGGUGAAAACCUGUAUUCUCUACAUGUAUGUCAGAAAAUGUAUUGCAGAUUAGCUGUACUACCUGGUUAUUCCACCAGAUAUAACUUUAUACUGUUUAUUUCUGUAGAGACCAGAGGAACUGGCCAUUCGGAGUUUGUGCCAGCAAGCAGAGCGUGUUGUGUUUUUUUUUUUUUUUUGGUAGCAAGAGGUACCAUGACAAAGACUUUUGGGACAGUUAAUGACCUCCAGGCAGAGCUCAUGUGUUUAAGACAAUCUGAAAUCAAUUGUGACAGAGUUUUUAUAUCUUAGUGAUGUAUGUAACAGGGCUUCCUUGCGCCUCCAAUUAUGCAACCAUUGACCUGAACGGCAAAAUUACCAUAAAAGGAAUGUGCACUGUCAAGUACCUUUGAUUAAUGGUACUGCUGAUUACUGAAUUGUGAUCAGUCCAGAUCACAAACUCUAAGAUAGAUCAGGACAUCUCUACACACCAUAUAAUGUUAUGCUUCUGGUUUGUUGUGACAUGCCUCUUAGUCAGCGUUGUUUGGAGUUCAUAUGACCACAUUGCGAUAUCACUGAGAUCUUUGAGACUUAAAUAGCAUUGCUGUGUCUACAAUUCAGUCAUUUUGUUUUAUAUAGAAAGUGCUAUCCAGUAUUGUAAUUUUUACUGACUUUCCUUAUAGAUGUGAAGCUAUUAAAUGCUGUUAUGUACUAAUUUGCCAUAAUCUGUCAUUAAGAUACUAAUUAAACCAUGUAUAAUGCACAA